CACUUUGGAUCUUUGGCAUGGAAUGAUGUCAAAUCUAGAUAUUCCCAACCAAAACUGGAACUUUAUGGCUUAUACCAAGCUCUCCGGGCACUACAGGUAUUCCUUAUUGGUGCCCCCCAAUUUAUCAUUGAAGUGGAUGCAUCCUGCAUCAAAGAGAUGUUGAAUAAUCUGGACCAGCAACCUGCUGCAGCCCUCAACAAAGGGGUCAGUGGGAUACACCAGUUUGACUUUGAUCUCAUUCACAUCCCCGCCAAAAAACAUACUGGCCCAGAUGGUCUCUCC